AUUAUGAGAGAUUAAAUGCUACAGUCUUGAGGAAUCUUUCAAAUCCACAGCAAUGGGCCCACCAUCGUCCCUGAUUCUACUUCUCUCAAUAUUUUGGAUAAUUAACUCAGCGCACUCAUCACAUCCAGUGAUGACACACACCUCGAUGGACGUCGGCAACAUAAUCUCGAUAAUAAUCCCCGAGAGUCCCGACACCACCAUAAACGUUGACCAACUGACCGCCGAUUUUCGCCAUCAGCUCGAGCGGAUCCACAAGCAGAGUCGAGUCAACAAGCUGGAGCACGGACUAGUCACCCUGAAGAACGUUCUACCAGAGAUGUCGCGAGAAGAAAAGAAAAAGUCCUUACCAUUGAUCCGACGAGUCCUCCAAACGCGUCGGCUGCGGCCUCCCAAGAACUCGACGAAGGAGUCUCCGCAGAAGAACACGCAGAAGAGCAAGAGCACGCGACGCUCUCCUACAAAAAACACCACCACCAACAACAAGAACAACAGCAAUCGUAAUAACAAACCAAAGCCGACGCUCAAGGUCAAGCCCACGCCGAAGAGGAUUGCGAAACAGAUCAAAAAGCAGAAGGGAAACAAUCUGGAGAGGAAUCCGCAAGCUUACGUCGUAGAAGAAACUCUGGAACGUCCGAAGAUUGAAAAAAUGAGGAAUGACGAUGAUUCCGAGAAAGAGUACCUGUUCUUUAAAGACGAUUAUCGCCAGUCCGGGUGGAAAAACCCGGAUCAGCAGGGAAGGGGAUCGGGGUUGAGAACCAAUCAAGCCGACAGAAGUUCUGAUAUCGCUACAGUUGUCGAUCUUGAUAGGGAUGAGGAGCUCCCCAGGCAAUCAUGGGGAAGGGACAUAAAUCGUCCGAAUCGACGUGCCUCUCAAUUUCCGUGUUCGGCGGGGGCGGACGAAUCCAAAGUUCGUGGCACGAAAGAUAUCCGGGGGUUUGAUAUCGUGAGGGAGCAGAAGAGUAAUGAUUGUGACAAGGGUUUUGACGCUGACGGACAGCCGAUUAGCUGCUACAAAGGGGGUGAUGAUGGAGCGUUAGCUGCGAGGGACGAGCCGAAGGUUUUCAAUUAUCCGGUGGGAGUUGCUUAUUCUGGUGGUGACGAUGAUGAGUUCAAGGGCUUCGAGAGAAUCCUGCAGAACCCUCAGGAUUCUAUUCGUCAGAUGAACUCGACUGGGUUAGAUGCGGCAGAGGGUGAGGACUCGUCGGGGAAGAGGGUUCAUGAUCAGAUAGUGGAGGACGUACCGUUAACGACGAAUCAAGAAUUUCGACAGGAUGUUGUGGGGGUGGAUGAGAAACGUCGAAACUUGGUGACGGACGAUCAAGUCGUGGGGCGAGUCCCGUAUUCCAGUGAUGUGGAGGCGAUUCCGAAGGUGGGGAGACAGUUUGUUGAUUUCGAUAACAAGAAUUUUGAGAUUAGGAUUCAGAGGUCGGUUGAUAAUCGUUUGGUCAGGGGGUCGACGGCGAAAACGGGGGAGCGUGGGGACUUGCAGCGGGGAGUGCAUUCGGACGGGGAUCACGGGGAGAGGAUGGAGAAGAUGAAGGGGAAACAGGGGAAGAAGAUGAAGAAGCCGUGGAAGGCGUAUCCGAGGGCGUUGGAUAAACAGUUUGUCGUUGGGAAGGGGAGGUAGA